AUGACAAAUCGAUUAAAAAGACGUUACAGUCAAGCCUUUUUGAUGAACGAUGGACGAAAAAGUCAGGUAGUUUUGUUUGAUGAAAGUCGACUGGAUAUCAUUAUACAGCCCAAGUUGUACGCCAGCGAGUUAUUGGAUCUGGUAGCCUCCCACUGUCAGUUGAAGGAGAAGCUCUACUUUGGUCUUGGUUUCAUGGAUGAGACGCAUAACUUUGUCUGGCUUCAGGGAGAGAAAAGAGUCCUGGACCACGAGUUGGCAAAGAAAGCAGAGCUACUGGUUUUUUACUUGGCAAUCAAGUUCUAUGUGGAUACAAUACGACUGUUGCGCGAUGUACAAACUAUGGAGCUCUUUUAUCUAAAUGCAAGACGGCUUGUCUAUCAGGGUCACUUGCAGUGUGAUACUGACACUGUCCUGAAGCUGGCUGCAAUUGUUCUUCAGGCCACUCACGGAGAUUUCGCCAGUGAGCAGAAGACUAAAGAUGGACUCAAAAAACUACCAUUAAUUCCCACUUACACUUUACAAGAGCAUCCAUCAAUAGAAUACUGUGAACAAAACGUGAUUUCUCAGUAUGGAAAACUAAGUGGAACUUCUCGGGGUCAAGCGAUUGUCAAUUAUAUGUCGAUCAUUGAAAGACAAAAGACCUACGGCAUUCAUUAUUUUGAUGUGAAGGACAAGAAAAGCAUGCCCUGGUGGCUUGGGCUUAGCCCUAGUGGUCUGGCUGUCUACGAUAAAGCUGACAAAACGUCGCCUAGAAAAAUAUUUAAGUGGAACGCUGUGGAGAAUGUCUAUUACAGAGACAAGAGAUUUUCAAUAGAAGUCCGCGGAUAUAAAAGAUUUGGAGGGACUAUGCUGGGGAAUGAUGAGCUGUAUCUGAGAAAUGUAAAAGAAUCAUUGGUAUGUAGAGAUGAUGUUUUAGUGUACGCCAGGUACAGAACCGUGGAGGUCAGUAACAUAGAGGUUCAUACAUACUUCACUAGCACUGAACAACUGACCAAAUGUAUUUGGUCCAUGGCUAUAGACCAACACCGAUUCCACCUGGACUGCAGGCGGAGCUUGAACCAUCACUCGACCGCUGGGAGUAUAUCAGAGAUUGCCACACGUCUCAGUAAAAGUACUACGUCAUUACCUGAAUCCCUAGACUCUGGUCUUACCCACAGUUGCAGCUCACACAGUUUCACCAGCCUCUCAGGCUCUACAUAUGGAUUGACAGUAGAGAAGUCUGACUCUCUGAGGGCUGAGAGAGAUAUGUACAGAGCACUUAAAGCAAGACGAGAUGUACUUCAAGAAUCUCUGCAAAAAAAGACAGAAGAAUUAAAACUACUGUGUGUCAAGGAAGCGGAACUGACAGGGAAGCUUCCUGAUGACCUCCCUCUGUGCCCAGGUGAACCACCACCUGUGGUGAGACGUAGAGUAGGAACAGCAUUUUGCCUCUCUGUUAAAAAUGUACAAGAUGCUGAUCAGCUGUCCAAUGAUUUAUCAAAACUGGAACUGGAGGUGGAACUUCAAGAUAAAAUUACAGCAGCCGCUUCUCAACUGGCUAGCGACAGAUCAGUGGCGAAGUUUGUUCGCAAACAGAGGAAGCAGUCUUAUGUCAGAGCUCUUGAAAAG